AUGGACGACCGAGCGAGCAGCGCGUCGCCGCCGACAAACAUCCGCAGCAGCUUCCGCAACCGGCCGCCGUCGGUGUCCUCUGCCAGCUCGUCGUUUCGUCAUCGUCAGCAGCAGCAGGACGCACACACUCCUCCAUCUCCAUCGCCCGCUCAGCAAGACUCAGACACACACACAGAUACAGACACAAACCCAGACACACACGCAGACACAGAGUCCAAAGACAAUGAAAUCCCAGAAGAACCAGAACCCGAAGAAAAACCCACCCUCGCAGCCUCAGUCGUGCUCACCACCCUCCCGCGCGACGCGGCCGGCGCUCUCGACAAGUACGCCCGCGCUCCACCCCGCAAAGUCGAGAUCCGCUUUCGACCGAUCGGAUCCGCGCCCAGACUCACGCGCGCGGUCGCAAAGAUCUCGUCGUCGCAGCAUUUUGAGGUCGUCGUUAGGUUCCUCCGUCGACAGUUGCGCUUCUCGGAUCAGGAACCGCUUUUUGUAUAUAUAAACUCCUCCUUUGCGCCUUCACUCGAUCAGGAGGUCGGAUUUCUACAUGAGUGCUUCAAAGUAGAUGGUCAUCUCCAAGUCAGUUAUUGCAACACAGCGGCGUUCGGAUAA